CUAGAGGGGAUACGAAAAGAUAGCUGUGUAUGGCCAGCCUUCAUCCACCUAAGAUUAAUCGCUGAGACUUUGACUUUCUUUUUGAGCUCUGACAAAGGGGAUAUUCUCAACCUCUCAGCCCUUUCACCCAUCGUUCCACACGCGCCUCCUUAGAUAUCUCACGCGCCGUGGUGCUUCCUCCUCCUCCUCCUCCUCUCCUCUCCCUUUUCAUCCAUUAAUUUUUGCUCAAUUUUCGUUCUUUCUCCUUUUCUUCAAUCCUACAAUUCGUCUCUGUUUGUUUAUCUUUUGUCUUUGUCCUUUUCUCCAUAAGAUCUUGGAGAAAGUUAAAAAGAAAAUUAUAUGGGAGGGGUGACGUCAUCAAUCGCCGCUAAAUUCGCUUUCUUCCCACCAACGCCACCGUCCUACGAGGUGGUGGCCGACGAAAGCUGCGGCGGACGUCUGUACAUCCCCGAAAUCCCACGGCGCGACGACGUCGACGUCCUCAAGCUCCGGACACGCUGCGGGAACGAGAUCGUGGCUGUUUAUGUCAAACACUCCAAAGCCAACGGCACCACGAUUCUGUAUUCUCAUGGUAACGCCGCCGACGUGGGACAAAUGUUCGAGCUUUUCGUCGAGCUCAGCAAUCGCCUCCGCGUCAACCUUAUGGGGUAUGAUUAUUCUGGUUAUGGUCAGUCUACAGGACAGGCAAGCGAGUCUAAUACAUAUGCUGAUAUAGAAGCAUCGUAUAAAUGCCUCAAGGAAAACUACGGCGUGAGAGACGAUCAACUUAUAUUAUAUGGUCAAUCUGUUGGUAGUGGACCUACCGUUGAUCUUGCCUCCCGCACACCUAACUUGAGAGGCGUGGUUUUACAGUGUCCUAUUCUCUCUGGGAUGAGGGUUUUGUAUCCUGUUAAAUGUACAUAUUGGUUUGACAUUUACAAGAAUAUUGACAAGAUCGGUUCAGUAGCAUGUCCUGUAUUAGUAAUCCAUGGAACUGCGGAUGAAGUGGUUGAUUAUUCUCAUGGUAAACGGCUCUGGGAACUCAGCAAAGAGAAGUAUGAACCUCUGUGGAUAAGUGGAGGUGGGCACUGCGACCUUGAACUGUAUCCAGAUUUCAUUAAACAUCUGAAGAAAUUUGUUGCAUCACUUGCCAACAAACAAGCGGGGAAAUGAGUUAUUUUCGAGGGGUUUCUAGAAACAUUCUAGACAAGUUGGCUGGCGAAGUCAGUAGAAAAGUAAUAAGCAUGAAAAAAUCCCAGAGGAGCGUUGAUAGAUGGUGUAUAGUAUUAUAAUGUGUCUAUGUGGAAUUUAGACUGGUAUACUGCAUUUCAUCGAUAAAUAUAUUUACUGCUUAUGUGA